AUGCCGCUUACGACUAGUCAGAAGAAGAGAAAGGUUCUCGAUGGCUUUCAGGGUAAAACAAGCCGCCCAAACAAGAAGUUCAGAAAGCAGCGCGAUUACCACAGCAGCUCCGAUGAGGCCGACGAUGAGCCCGCCGACUUUAAAGCAGUCGACCUUGCGGAUUCCGACGAGGAAGUCAAGGAAAAGCCCUCGAAGCAAGUUAAGACGAAAGAAUCACGAAAACCAGAACCCGAACAGAAUCCUCAAAGCGACGACGACGGAGAAGAAGAUUCCGCAACCAAUGCUUCCUCCGAUGCGGACGACGAUGAAGACGACGGUGCAGAGUCUGACGAUUCUAUGCCUGUCGAUGCAACAGAGAAAAGAGGCGUCCCCAAACGUCAUGAUCCAUCCGCCUUUUCUACCUCCAUCUCGAAAAUUCUUGCCACGAAACUACCAACAUCUGUUCGCGCAGAUCCUGUGCUAUCGCGCAGUAAAACCGCCACGCAGACCACCAGUCAAGUAGCGGAGGACAAGUUAGACCACCAGGCGCGGGCGAAGCUGCGAGCCGAGAAGAAAGAAGAGCUAGACCGGGGCCGUGUUCGUGAUGUUCGGGGUAUUUCGAGUGGCCAAGCCGGUGCGGUGGCCGAGGAGGAGAAGCGGCUGCGCAAGAUCGCUCAGCGCGGUGUGGUGAAGCUUUUCAAUGCUGUCCGAGCGGCACAAGUCCGUGGUGAGGAGGCCGCUAAGGAAGAGCGAAAGAAGGGUACGGUUGGAAUGGGCGAGCGAGAGAAGGCCGUCAACCAGGUUAGCAAGCAAGGGUUCUUGGAAUUGAUCAAUGGAAAGAAAGGCACGCCGCUUAACAUUGAAGAAGCGUGA